UGCUUAAGAUGCUUAAUUAUAAAUUAGCAAAGCUUAUUUGCCUCUUUGGUGGUAUAUGCUGUUUACUAGUGCUUAAAUGCGUCGCUUAUCAGUUCCAAACUUGUUCGUUCUAAUAUUGUUAUAAACAAACAUCUCAUUUCGGUAGCAGAUAACACGAAGUUAGGUGUUAAAUUGAUGAAUGGUUUUUGUUAGUGUUGCAUAUUUGACUUUCUGAUAAGAAUGGCAAUUAAAUAUUUCCUUUGCGUCAGCAAUGUGUACAUCCCAAGCAGCGAAAAGUCAUACAGUUAUUCUAAUCAGUUUGGUGAACCUCACACUUGCGUUUUAAGUAUCAUAUUCCUGUACGCCGACAAAAAGAGUACUCCAUUUGACAUGAAUAUGGAGCAAUUGAAGACAUUUUUUUUUUGUACUCCAUAUUGCUUAUUUCAGACGUUUCCUUCACAGCUUGCUUGCGACGAAUUUGAUAUUUUUUUAAAAAGUAUGCGCCAAAGUUCAUUUGGGAGCUGAAAGUUAGUUUGCUACUUCCUUUAUUUAGCAAAUUUAAUAAGCAAUAUCUGUGUAAACAAAUAUACAUAUGUAGCUGCGGCGCAAUAUUUUCAAAUUAGCAGGAUGUGAUUGCUGCCAAAUCUACUGGGAUGGCGCCAAGUAUAACAUUGCAAUCAUUGAUAAACUCGCGUAUCUCUGUAGAUGUAUGUAUAUAUACGUAUAUGUACACAUAAAUUAUGUGCACGCCACGGAGAAGCUCUAUCAGCCUAAGACUGCCUGAUCUGGUGGGUUUGCCGUAAUUUGAUGAGUUAAUGUCAACUUGUGCUUUAAGAGGUUUUUAUCUUAUCAGCCAGCAAAGCGGCAAGUCAAACACCCUGUAAAUUAUUUAAAAGCACUUAAACAACUAUCCGUUCUAUUCGAGCUGAGCGAUGCUAACUAAUGAAUAACGCUCCGCUAUUAUAAUUAGUCGCUUUUUAAACUUCUAUCGGGCAACAUAAGCUGGAAGCUACUGCUGUUGAAUUUGCUUAACACUUAUCAGUUCAGAGUUUUAAAAUAUUAUUUAUUAUUUACGAUGGCAGACGCAUUGGUCACUGAGGAACUCCUGUACGAGGAAAAGCCGCUUUAUGUGCCACCACUGCAGGAAUUAAAAGAAAUUAUACAAAGUGCUUUAAGUAAAAACUUUGAGAAUGUCACCGUUGAAGUUGGUGACUGUCCCGAUUUAACCGAUCCAUUUUAUGGUUUGCUGAGCUCAGGCUUAGGUGGCUCCCCCGUGCUGCUGGAAGUAGGCGGUCCACCAUUCUUGUUGCCACUGGUGCAGCGCUCCAAAGUGUACAAUGUUAAGGAAAUCGUGCAGAAGGCCCUUCCCGGCAAGGGUAAACUAUUGGCCAUUGGCGCCGGUGCUGGACCCUUCCCUUUGCGUAAUACCAAUUGUGAAGGCAUCUUCAAUAUGGCCAUCGAUGAGCAGGGUACUCUCAAAAACGGCUGCUACACUGCUAAAGUGCACGGUGCCGAAGAGGUGUGUGUGUUGGAACGCAUUCCCGACUCAGACCCACGUUGUGCUUUGCUAUUGAAUUUAUACAUUAGUCGUGGUGCUCCCGGUCCAGUGGUGAAGGUCAAGUGCAGCAAACGUACGGGUGAGCAGAAUUUCGUCGAAUGCGUGCGCAAGGGUUUGGAGGGACACUACAAGGAUAAGUGUGUGGGUAUGGGUGGUAUUUUCGUGUUGAAGAAGGGCGCAGCACAUCAGCACGUUAUGCGUGACUUCAGCAAGACGCCACUACAUUCCGAAGAGGAGUUGAACAAUUGGUUGAAGUUCUACAAUAUGCCAGCGCAGCUGAAUGCUGUGGGCACAUUGCUUACAAACGAACAUGGUUUAGAUUUGCGUCUCCAGCACUUCCACUCCUUCUCCAAGUCCAACUGGGGCGGUCAUUAUCAUCAUGACACCACCCCGGAUGAGGCUGAAUACGAGGCUUAUCUGAAUGUGGCUGAACGUGUGGUGCGUGUGGAUCGUCCUUUGGAAUCUCAUCAAAUUGGACGUGAUUAGGGGCUGUAGAGACUUACAUAUGUAGAAUAAGAAAUCUCUCGUGAUUUGAAAUCUGAGAGGACCUGAAAUGAGAGAAAAAUCAAGCAGUUAAUUUUUCUAACUGUUUUGACCAAUCCAAUUGUUAAGCAUUUGUAUAUAAAAUAUAAUUUUGUUGUUUAUAAAAUAAACAGUAGGUAAAGAA